AUUCCUGGUGUCUAUAUUUAGCCUUCAAACUUCAUAAAGGUUUUGUACAUUUGUGAUCAUUAUCUUAAUGGACAAACCGUGUAAGUAUUGUAAACAUUUGUCGAUCACAGAGCUUAGUUUUUUGCGAUAAUCCAAAAACCUAUGGGGAAAUUGGGUUUUCGUCGAAGGAACCAGUGUGAUGCUAACUUCCGGAUUCCGGUACAAAAUGACGUCAUCCCUGCAGCACUCUAUAUGCAUGAAUAGUAAACUAUAGCACACUAAAACGACCAAAAUGGAAAAUAAAAUCGCAAAAUGAAUGAAAGGUGUUAGAGAAUGUGUCAGAAAGUUACUGGGAGCUCUUUUGAUUUCAGUGCAAUUGAAAUGUAAUGGGGGGGCAACCAGUAGCCGUGCGGUGUCGGAAAUGACCUUUCCUUUCCUUAGCACAGCUGAUGUUUGAUUCACUUCCGGUGUCAGUUUUGUCAGUGCUCGUAGCACGCUAGCUGCUAGGUAAUGUUGAACGCGAGUGUUUACUGUUUGUGUUCACACCUGUCUCUUCUUUGAUCGGAGCUGUGUUUUCUUCAAGCGCAGAAACAUGGUUUUCUACUUCACCAGCGCCGUUCUCACACCCGCCUAUACCAUCUACAUGGGGAAGGACAAAUAUGAAAAUGAAGAUCUCAUAAAAUACGGAUGGCCGGAGGAUAUUUGGUUUCACGUGGAUAAACUCUCCUCUGCACACGUAUACCUGAGAAUGCCCAAGGGAAAGACAAUAGACGACAUACCCAAAGAGGUCCUGAUCGACUGUGCACAGCUCGUAAAGAACAACAGCAUUCAAGGCUGCAAGAUGAACAACAUCAAUGUUGUUUACACGCCAUGGGGCAACCUGAAGAAAACCGGAGACAUGGACGUGGGUCAGAUUGGUUUUCACCGCCAGAAAGAGGUGAGAACUGUGGCAGUAGAAAAAAAAAUCAACGAAAUCAUCAAUCGGCUGGAGAAGACAAAGGAGGAGAAAUACCCCGAUCUCGCAGCAGAGAAAGAGUCCAGAGAUAGAGAGGACCGGAACGAGAAAAAGGCUCAGAUUCAGGAGAUAAAGAAAAAGGAAAAGGAAGAAAUGAAGAGGAAAAAGGAGCAGGAGGAGAUGAGGAAUUAUUCAUCACUUAUGAAGAGUGAAAACAUGACCACAAAUGAGGACGGUAACGAUUCUGACGAUUUUAUGUAACUGGGAAAAAAAAAGAUCUGCAAAUCAGACCUGACAUCUUAAAAAUGUGCGCAUGCUCAGAGGAACUCCAGUGUGUGCUGUAAUGGAGGAAUUUGCUUGCUGUGCAUCUUAAACACUACCUGUGCCAAUAAAGCAUUUUGCCUGGAUCAUCUUGGAGCAAAUUUACCAACAGUUACCAAGAAAAAGCAGCAUCUGAUGUGGUGGGGCUGUUCAUGAAGCGAGGAUUGUUUUUCUGGGUAUCUUUGUUGAUGUUUCUACAGUGCAGAUUGUCAUUUUGUGCUUUGGAGGGAUAGAAUGGCAUGGUUUUAUUAUUCCAUAACUGAUUCUGCAACAUUGCCACAUUUCUUUCCAAAUUUUUAAAGAUCAGGGCUUGGAUGUUGGUCUACCAUGAAUUGUGUAGUUUCAUGUGCUGUAAAUCUUGGCUCAAUUCUUUUCUUGAGGUGUUAUGAGAGCCAGAGGCUAAUACAAGCACACUGACUCUGUGAUGUAUGGCAGCGUAUAUAUGCUAGCCCUGGUUCAUUUCCUGUUUGUUUUUCUUAUGGAUGCAAAACAAUAAAUCUUAAACCACA